GUGCAGUCCACCUCAGGCUCGAGUCAAAGUCCAGCUCCGACCUUGCUAACCCGGUCACCCGAGCCCGACACCUGUCAAACCAACCAGUGUGUGCGAGCCGGCGAAGAGAGCGUUUCUCAUCAAAACCCGAGCGCAGAGACCCGCACCAGUCCGGCAUUCCCUUCCCAUCCCCAAAUUUCCCCGGCGCGCCUCCGAGUCCGACCUCGCCGGCGUCCCCGCCGCCUCCGCCGCCGGUCGCCGUCCGCCAGGCGCGUCGAUCGACCGGCGGGACUGACCGCCGCGACGAGAUGUUCCACGCCGCGCGGCCGCCGAAGCCGACGGCCGUGUACGCGGAGCGCUGCUUUCCACAGUUCUGCGGCGGAAGAGUGGCCGCGCUUCCUCGACCUUCGCCGCAUCCACUUCCUCCUCCUCCUCCUCUCGCCGCGGGCGGUUCCGUCGUGCGGGUGCGCGGCGAGGCGGAGGUGGCCCGUGGGCGACGCGAAGGGGGCGGUGACGGAGCGGAGCGCGAGGAGGUGGCGGUGGCGGUUGCGGUUGCGGCGGGAGGGGAUGAUGUCGCGGUAUUCGGCGGUUUUGUCGGGGACAGCGCGGCGGGGGUUUCUGGCCUGGUGGCUCUGGAGGAGAGGGGAUGCGGAGGCGGUGAACUACAGAGGAAAAGGGGUUCGGAGUUCCCCGCGCGUCCGCCGCCCAAGCGGAGGGCCGUGUCCGCCGUGCGACACUUUCCACCUGGCUGCGGGAGGGACGCGCCGCCUCUGAUCGUGGGCGGCGACGACGACGGUUUGCGGGUUGGAACUGCACCUUCCCGUGGUGCUCGUCCCGCGGGCAGCAGUGCCAGAGAGGAGGGUGGCUUGCCGCUGCAAACUGCGCCUGCCAAUGCUGAUGUGCCUGUGCCGGAGAAGGUGACGGCUUCUGAUAGUUGCGCUCCAGUGUCAGAUGGGGAUCAUCGUGGUCCAGAGGCCGCGGAGGUGAAAUCUUCGGAUGGCACAGAAAUAGGUGCUGAUUUGGUGGUGAAAGACAGGGGAAGGACACGGCCAAUCUCGCGAUUGCUAGCGAAGCGGAGGAUGAUAUCUGCCAACCGCCGCUUCCCUCCAGGCUGCGGGAGGGACGUGGUGGUGCUUCCACUUGCUAGCAGAGGAGGUGAUGAGGUCGGUUUGCAGUUUGAUGCCCUGCCUCCUGGUGGUGGUUUGGGUGCAAUGGAGGACGGCCGGUGUUCCAAUGUGUGUGCCACUGCCAUGGGCACUACAGAAGCGGUCAGCGAGAAUGCUUUGGAUGCAACACUAAAUGUACAGGAACUGGAGGAGGGUGAGAUUCCUCCGGAGCCUGAUCAUGUCCUCCAAGAGCUUCCAGUUACUCACAGCAAUAUCAUGAUUGAGCUUACGGCUGAUGGACUUGAUGAAAAGAUCUCAGUGAACAUGCUGCAACGCAAGGGGGAGAGUGUAUCAUGGGAAGUUGCUGAAGAUCUCAAGGUGAUGAACAAAUGCGAAGGCAGUUCACCCAAGGCUGCCAGUAAACCUUUUGCUGAAGAUCUUGGGGAUACUACAGAAGCAGUCGGCAAGAAUGCUUCGGAUGUAAUAGUAGAGGUACAGGAAUUGGAGGAAGGUGAGAUUCGUACGGAGCCUGGCCAUGUCCUCCAAGAGAACCCGGUUACUCACAACAAUAGCCUACAUGAGCUUACAGCUGGUACCCUUGAGUGUGUUGUGCCGUCAAUGGUUCAUGCGGAACCUUCUGUGAGGCAUUUUUCUACUGAGAAGAUCCCUGUGAACAUGCUGGAGCACAAGGGGGAGAGUGUAUCAUGGGAAGUUGCUGAAGAUCUCAAGGUGAUGAACAAAUGCGAAGGCAAUUCACCCAAGUCUGCAUGUAAAACUCCUCCUGAAGAUCCCCUGAAAGAAUAUCUUGAGGAUAAGAAAGUGUCUGAAAGUUGUAGCAUGAAAAGUGCACCUCUUGAUGUGGAAGCAGGGGUACAUGGCGACGGUAUCAUGAGACGUAUGGUAGCAUUCACAGCUAGAAAACCUUCUCCUGAAGAAGGCAAUUCACCCAAGGCUGCUAGUAAACCUUCUCCUGAAGAUCCUCUGAAAGAAUAUCUUGGGGAUAAGAAAGUGUCUGAAAGUUGUAGCCUGAAAAGGGCAUCUCUUGAUGUGGCAGCAGGGGUACAUGGCGACGGUAUCAUGAGACGUACGGUAUCAUUCACAGCUAGAAAAACAUUUCGGUUACCUGUUGAAGCAAAUCAUAAGUCCGCACUGGUAAAUCUGGAUAGACCGUGUUCUAUGGGCAAGGAGAAGGAGUCCGUUGUCACUAUGAGCGAAUCCUUUGCUCCCAGGAAGAAGUUAAAGAUAAAAGGUCCAGCUCAAAGUAAAUAUCUUGCCAAGGAAAAAUUGAAGCAUGAAGAGGCUUCCCACUUGGAAGAUGAUGAAGUUUUGAAUGCAAUACCUGUUGAAGCAAAUCAUAAGUCCGCGCUGGUUAAUCUGGAUAGACCAUGUUCUAUGGGCAAGGAGAAGGAGUCUGUUGUCACUAUGAGCGAAUCCUUUGCUCCCAGGAAGAAGUUAAAGAUAAAAGGUUCAGCUCAAAGUAAAUAUCUUCCCAUGAAUACCAUUUCUAGCAAGGAAAAAUUGAAGCAUGAAGAGGCUUCCCACUUGGAAGAUGAUGAAGUUUUGAAUGCAAUAGCUGUUCAUGAAGGAAAGCUUGAGAUGUACCUCAAUGAUCCCUCAUGGCGUCACAUGCAACAUGGUGGUCAGACCGCUGAUGCUCGGAGCAAAGUCAGGAUGAUUUGCAGAAGGUUUCAGUUUAUAUGCAGGACUCUCGUUCAAGCUGUGGAACAAGGUUCGCUGAAGAGCCGUAGAGUUGAUCUUGCCGCUGAUAAACUAAUCAGAAAAUUACCAGGCUUUACCAAACAGGGGCCUAUUGUAGGUAAAGUUCCUGGUGUUGAAAUUGGUGAUGAAUUUUUAUACAGAGUAGAGUUGGCCAUUGUUGGUCUUCACCGCCCGUACCAAGGAGGCAUUGACACCACAAAGGAUAUUAAUGGUAUGCUUAUUGCCAUAAGCAUUGUUGCGUCUGGAGGUUACCCUGACGACUUGUCGAGCUCAGGUGAAAUAAUAUACACUGGCUCUGGAGGAAAGCCUGCUGGCAAAAAGGAGAAUGAGGAUCAAAAGCUUGUGCGCGGGAACCUUGCCCUGAAGAAUUGUAUCAAAACAAAGACGCCUGUCCGAGUAAUUCAUGGUUUUAAAGGUCCAAAUAGAGAGGAAGGUAGUCAUUCAAAGGCCAAAGAAGUCUCAAUAUUUACUUAUGAUGGGCUCUAUCAUGUGGUGCAGUGCUGGCAAGAAGGUCUAGCAGGUUCAAGGGUCUUCAAAUACAGGUUGCAAAGGAUUUCUGGACAACCAGAGUUACCUCUGCAUGUUGCUAAAGUGUUGAGAAAGUCUGUAGCGCGUCCUGGCCUGUGCAUAGCAGAUAUAUCGCAAGGGAAGGAGAAGAUCCCCAUAUGUGUGGUCAAUAAUAUUGAUGCUGCACGUCCAGCAUCAUUUAAAUACAUUACUAGAAUAAAAGGCUCAUCCUUAACUGCAAAAAGAAGUCAUCAGGGUUGUGACUGCACCAAUGGCUGCUCAGAUUCUGCUAGCUGUGCUUGUGUUUUGAAGAAUGGAGGAGAAUUCCCAUUUAACUUCAAUGGUGCAGUUGUCCAUGCAAAGCCCCUCAUAUAUGAGUGUGGUCCAUCCUGUAGGUGCCCUCCUUCAUGCCAUAGCAGGGUCAGCCAGCAUGGUAUGAAAAUACCACUGGAAGUAUUCAGAACAACCAAGACAGGUUGGGGCGUAAGAUCCCUAAGGUCCAUCUCUGCUGGCAGCUUUAUAUGUGAGUAUGUUGGCGAGCUGUUGCAUAGCGACGAAGCUAACCAGAGAAUGAAUGACGAAUACUUGUUCGACAUAGGACAUAACUAUGAUAUCUGGAAAGGGAUGCCAUCAGUUGUUCCAGGUCUGAAUUCUUCUGGCCCUCGCUCUGUGACCAUGGACGAUGAUAGGGCCUUCACAAUAGAUGCAGCUGAGUAUGGUAAUAUUGGAAGAUUCAUCAACCAUAGCUGUUCACCAAACCUCUACGCACAGAAUAUUCUUUGGGACCAUGACGACAAAAGAGUGCCGCAUAUCAUGUUCUUUGCUGCUGAGAAUAUUUCACCACUUCAGGAGCUGACUUAUGACUAUAAUUACGAAAUAGAUCAUGUUCGUGACAUGAAUGGCGAAGUAAAAGUCAAAUACUGCCAUUGUGGUUCUCCACAGUGCCGCGACAGGCUUUAUUAAAGCGUAGAAGGCUUUUUCUUUUUCUUUUUACAUCGGCAUGGAAGGCUGUUUUUUUUUUACAGGCAUGGAAGGCUGUUAAUACUAGGGCGGUUUCUUUCCAAGAAAAUCCUUUGGAUGUGUUGCCUCCUCUUUCAACCUUGCCAUUGGCAUCCUAGUAAAUAAUAGGAGUAUGUAGAUAGUGUGAAGUGUUCAUAUGGGCAAACACUAAAGAGGUUGUGAUUCUGUUAUUCUGUUGUCCACCUAGUACAGAACCUCAUGAUUCAUACAA